AUGGUGGCCUUCAACCUCUCCGCCACACUCAACGCCCUCCGCGUCCUCCACAAGCCCACCCUUCUCCAGCCGCACCUCACCAUCCCCACCUUCGCCGACCUCCCCGUGCCCCUGUCGCCGCACAUCCGCGCCGUCAUCCUCGACAAAGACAACUGCUUCGCCGUCCCGCACGCGCUCGAGGUCUACCCGGGGUAUAACGAAAAGUUCAAACAGCUGAAGGAAGCGUAUCCGGGCGGGAGACUGCUGAUCGUCAGUAACUCGUCGGGAACAACGUGGGAUGAUCCCGGCGGCAAGGAGGCCGCAAUUCUCGAGCAAAACACAGGUGUUACAGUCCUCCGGCACUCCACCAAGAAACCUGGCUGCCACGCCGAAAUCUUCACGCACCUCGUCGCGGCCGACAUCGGCGUCACACGUCCGGACCAAGUCGCCGUCGUCGGCGACCGCCUCUUCACCGAUGUGCUGAUGGCGAACCUUAUGGGGUCCUACGCGGUAUGGGUCAAAGAGGGCGUGAUCAGCCCCGAGAAGCGAUUCUAUGGGCGCGUGGAGUGGGGGCUGGCGGCAUUCAUGGAGAGGCGCGGGUGGGCGCCGCCGACGCCGAGUUCGAGGUUGUUGAGCGUGGCGGGCAAGAAGGAGUAG